AUGCCGAACCCAGCAGCGAAAGAGGAUACGUGGGCUUUUCAAAAGAUUGGGACUGCAUUUCCGCCGAACCCUGUAAAGGUUAUGGGAGAACAAAAUAUGUAUGUUGCGCUAUGGUACAAACAUGGUAAACCAAUCCAUGGACGAUCGUGGAACAACGGAGGAGUAGUGGAGUGUUCCUUUCCUUAUAAAAGAGCCGAACUGCGAACAGCGCAACAACUAGAAGGAAAUAUACAAGUACUGCAGUACACAGGGGAUCAUAACACACAAGGCUUUUGGUAUGAGUGGAUUAAAUACAAAGACCGAUUUGAUAAAACUGAAGUGCGACAGUUGCUUCGCUGUGGCGAUUCAUUCCCAAUUCUGUGGAAGGAUCGCCCAGAGGUAGGCCCACCAAAGCAUGAUAGGAAUCAAAAUACUUCAAUCCUUGUGCAGGGAGCUUUGCUGGGCUAUGUCGACAAUAAGACGGAGAUCGCAUUGUUUUCAUGCGACGGCAAAGUUUAUGCAAAAACAGGAGGCGAGCUCAGCGAUAUGUAUAUCAUUAUGAGGAACACGCUUGGAGGUCCCCCAAACUGCGAAUGUGCAACCUGUAAAGUUGCACCCCCACCGCCCGGACCUCCACCUCCAAAGGUAAUGAUCGACGAAUGGAUGGACAUUCGCGCUGGAGAUCCUUGGCCAGAUAGAACUUUGGUAAAAGCUCUCGACAAGACCCUCGACACAAUAGCUGGAGAGAAUCCAGACCAAUAUGUCGCUCUUUGGUAUCAGCAAGGAGAACCUGUCAUGGGACGAGUCUGGAACGAAGGCGGCAAGAUAGCGGCCAACUUCUGCUGGAACAAGAACGAAUACAAGGGCAAUGUUGGCUCAAUCCAAGUGCUGGUUCAUCUCUCCGAACAUGUUCGCGGGUUUGACUACAGCUGGAUUCCUUUCCCACAGGUAUAG